AUGGGCCAAGUUUCCAAUUUUAUUCGGAAUGAUGAAAUUGUGACACUUAUAAUUGAACAUUCUCCAAAACUUUUGUUCAAAUUUAACAAAAACAAUGAUAGUGUCUUACAUGUUGCUGCAAGAGGUGGACACAUCUCAACCGUUAAAAAACUAUUAGCAAGUUAUGCUAAUUAUAAAAAGACGGAUAUAGCCAAAGCAUGGUUAGAUUACACUGGAUAUGAGGAAGAAUUAGAAGACUAUGAUGCCAUGUCAAAUAUGGAGGACAUAUUAUAUUUUGUGACAAGGGAGAAUUUUCAAGGAAACACUAUGUUACAUGAGGCAAUGUUAUGUGGUAACAAGAAAAACAUUGAUAGGGAUAAUAAUAUUUUCAAAAUUUGUGAAAUUUACAAUUCAAAUGAUCGGUUUGGGAGAUCAUUGUCAAAGUGUUGUUAUGAAUAUGCAUUAGAUAUUGUUAACCUUGAAAAGAAAUCAGUGCUUUACAUAGCUGUUGAGAAGGGAGACAUGGAUGCAGUCAAACUAAUCUUGGAGAAAUCUCCUAAGAAUGACACUAAGCCGGAAGGAUUAUCGCCGGUUGUCGCAGCAAUCAUGAUGGCUAAAAAAGAUUCAGAAAUGCUAAGGAUGAUACUAGAAAAGAAGCGAACUUGGAUCCAUUCAAGUGACAAAGAUGAAAGGCUUCCACUUCAUUACGCAGCAUCAAUAGGUUAUGUUGAAGGUGUUGAUUUAUUACUUCACAAAUGCAAAUGUUGCACAAUUCAAAGAGACAAAUAUGGAUAUUUCCCAAUUCAUUUAGCAUCUUAUGGUGGCUAUUUAGAAGUAGUAAAGAAGUUUUUAGAAUAUUGUCCAGAUCCAACAGAGAUGCUCGACAAUUUUUAUGGACAGAAUAUUCUCCACGUUGCAUCAAACUAUGGAAAACAUAAGGUGGUAAAAUACAUACUAAAAAGUAGUCAAACUCAUGAAUAUCAUAAGAUGAUAAAUCAACAGGAUAAAAAUGGAGAUACCCCUUUGCAUCUUGCUGCAAGAUCAUGUCAUCCCACAGUUGUGUACUACUUAGUUAACCACAAAAGAGUGAGUCUUGAUUUGGUUAACAAAAACAAGGAAACAGCUCUUGACAUUGUUAAUUUAUUUGAUAGAUCAUCUUUGAGACAGCAUCUUACAUGGACUGCACUUACAUCUGCUGGUGUAAAACCAAGUUCUACAAGAUCAUUAGCUCACUAUAUUGAAUCCAAACAAAGUGAUUCAAAUUCACCCAAAGAAACAGAACAAGAUAAAGACAAAAAUCAAAACCAUGUUGAAGAAUCCUCCCAACAAAAUGAAAAUAAAGAAAACGUCCCUGACUACAUUCAACCAAAAAAUCUCUUUACAGCAAAAGGCUCAACCGCAUAUAAAGAUAGAGUAGAGACAAUAUUAUUGGUUUCAACACUUAUAGUAACAGCAUCAGUAGCAGCAUGUUUUGCUGUUCCAGGUGAAGCAGCAGAUGGAAAAGCAAACAACUUAUGUCAUAUAAUGUUUCAACUUUUCAUUAUCUUCAUAACAAUAUCAUUGUUCAGUGCCAUUAGUUCAACUAUCAUACUCUUUUGGGCAACAAUUGGAUUAGCGGAAUUGGUAACUAACUCUCUCAACAUUGUUAUGCCACUUCUUGGAAUAGCUCUCAUUUCAUUAUCUCUGGCUUUCAUGGCUGGUCUUUACACUGUUAUCAGUGAACUUACUUGGUUGGCCAAUGUGUUUCUUUUCAUGACUGUGACUUUUGUUGUGGUUGUUAUUUUUUUGUAUAUGCUACUUUUUGUUCCAUCAUCAUCAACCAACAUGCCCUUCAGGUACAUUUCUCACUACCCUUAUCUCUUUUUAGCAUCACUUGCUGAACAUCAAAUUGAUGAUGAUCAAGAAGGUCAAUCGCAAGAGAAAUGAUAUUUUGGCAACCAUUCGGGACAACCUUUUUAUGUAAAAGUCAUUUUAAUUUUUUUAAUAAUUGUUUAUUUGCCUUGAUUUUUGUGUGAUUGUGUCAAUACCCACAUUGCGUAUUUUUAGUUGUCCCAAAAGUUGUCAAAAAUAGUUGUUGAAAUAACACAACUCUAUUUGUAUUAAUGAAUAAUAUUGUGUAUUUUCAUUGUCACCCUUUCUUCUUUUUUUGGUGACAUAUUUGUGUGAUUAUUAUGGAAAGUAAUAUUAUUUGUUCAUUUAUGUAUUUCCCUUCCCCAUAUUAUGAUGUAAUUUGGGCAUAAAUGUAUUACUAAGUGAAUAAAUCAGAAUUUUUCGACCUACUCUUUUAAAUUUGGUUUUAGGCGUGGCUAACCUUGAAUAAAACUUUGUCACUUCUCUAAAUGUGGCUAACUUCUUUUUUUAAAAAAAAAAAAGCUGCAUUUGCUUCACUACUCUGUUAGAAUACAAUAAUAGUCUGCUAUAUUGAUAUCAUAUAUAACAAGAAAAGCCAAUACAUGUAUAUAAAAGAUCAACAUUAAUACAAAACAAACACAUUACCAAAA